UUCACAUUAUGGAGUUCAAUCUCUUAGCGUCUCUUUUCCUUUUCGCAACAUCUCUCUUCUUGUUGUUUGUGGCUCGCAAAUAUCCAAAAUCCGUCAAUAAAAAUAUUCCACCAGGGCCACGACCAUGGCCGAUCAUUGGGAAUAUGCACCAGAUGGUCAAGAACCCUCAUAUCGUAGCUGCCAACCUCGCUAAAAAAUAUGGCCCACUCAUCUCUCUUCGCUUAGGUACCAGACUUCUUGUGGUAGCCUCUUCCCCAGAGGCAGCCAAGGAAAUUCUCAAGACUCAAGACCGUCGUCUUUCUGGUCGCUCCAUACCCGAUGCAUUUCAGCAAACUUUCAUAGACUACUACUUUGUAUGGGCUAGGGACUGCAACGAACACUGGAAAUCAUGUAGAACAUUGUGUCGAGCUGAGUUGUUCUUGGCUAAAGCGAUCGAGGCCCAAACCAACUUAAGAAAUGAAAAGUUGGCUCAUAUGCUAGAUUUCUUAAAUAACACACAAGGAAAAGUUGUGAAAAUUGAAGAAUUAGUUUUUACUACAUUGAUAAACACCUUAAGCAACAUUUUGUUUAGCAAAGAUUUUCUUGAUUUGAAAGAUGAUGAAACUGCUCACAGGUUGAAAUCUGGACUCCUUAAAAUACUAGAAAAUACUAUUACACCAAAUGUGAGUGAUUUUUUCCCCAUACUUGGGGGCCUAGAUCUUCAAGGAUUAAGGAAGGACAGCUUGUAUCAUCUUGAGGAGUUGGCUAGCUUUUCAGACGCUAUAGUUGAAGAAAGGAGAGCUCGAAUUGCCAAAAAUGUGGUCGUGGCAGACCACGAAAAAGAUUUCUUGGAUCGUUUGCUUGAAAAUAAUUUCACGACUUCUCAGAUUAACAUAUUGGUUACUGAAUUAUUUAUAGCAGGUGUAGAUACUGUGGUAACAACCAUUGAGUGGGCUAUGGCCGAAUUGUUAAAGAACCAAAAUAUCAUGCACAAAGUAAAAGAUGAGCUAAAAAGAGAAGUCAAUUAUAGCACUAUCAUGACAUCCGACCUUUCUAAAUUGACUUAUUUCAAUGCUUGUAUCAAAGAAACUUUAAGAUUGCAUCCUGUUGUCCCCGUCCUAAUUCCUCGACGUGCCAUUGAAGCGUGUGUAGUUAUGAACUAUACAAUUCCUCAAAAUGCUCAAGUGUGGGUGAACGUUUGGGCAAUUAGUCAUGACCCAACAGUUUGGGAAGACCCGAAUACUUUUAAACCCGAAAGGUUUCUUGGCUCAAACAUUGAUUUUGCAGGCCGUGACUAUGAGUUCAUACCCUUUGGUGGUGGGAGGAGGAUGUGUCCUGGUUUACCGUCCGCUGUUAAGAGUUUGCAGUCCAUAUUAGGAUCUUUGAUUCUUGGAUAUGAUUGGACUCUUCCAAAUGAUGAGGAUCCAGCAAAACUUGACAUGACUGAAAAAUUUGGUGUGACUUUACAAAAAGAAAAUCCUCUUCAACUUAUCUUCAACCGUACAGAAUAACCACCCAGUUAAUAAACAUCUAGUUUUUGAGUUUAUGCAUUAUAUAUGUGCUUUGUAUUUUCAAUAAUAUAUCUUUCAGUAUUGUCUUGCCUAAAUAAGUAACCUAUUGUUAUGUA